UCGCGGCGCGGCCUCCGUUUGUGUCAUGUGGCCUCUGUGCCGGUGUCUGUGCGUGUGCGUGCUACUCGCCGUCUGCUGUGGCUAUACUUGUGCUCAAACUAUCUGUCCGCCGAGAUGUCUCUGCUUCAGGAAGACUGUCCGGUGUAUGUUCCUCUCUCUGGACCGGGUUCCUGAGGUACCGCCGGACACGACUAUUCUAGACUUAAGAUUCAAUAAAAUAAAAGACAUCGUACCAGGCACGUUUAGAAACCUCCACAGUCUCAACACACUGUUACUAAAUAAUAACCAGUUAACGAGGUUACAGAAUGGAGUGUUUGACGGACUCUCGGAGCUGCGAUACUUAUACCUCUACAAGAAUAAAAUUCGUGAAGUGGAAAGUAAAGUGUUUCAGGGAUUAUCGAAACUUGAACAGCUAUAUCUCCAUUUCAACAAGAUCGACAAACUGCACCCGAACACUUUUACUGACUUGGCGACACUUGAAAGGCUAUUUUUGCACAACAACAAGUUGAGGCACCUAUCCUCAGGCACGUUCAAGGGGCUAGAUUCACUGAAGCGAAUACGACUGGACAGCAAUGCGCUGGUCUGCGACUGCGAGAUGAUGUGGCUGGCACACCUGCUGAGGGACAAGCAGGACAGUACCCAGGCCGCCGCCACCUGUCAGUUCCCCACUAACAUGGAAGGAAAACCCUUGGUCAACAUUUCCGAUAAUGACUUCCACUGCUCAAAGCCACGCCUAACUGAGGAACCUAGAGACGUGGAGGUGUCUUUUGGAGGAACGGUAUUCUUCACAUGCAAAGCAGAAGGAGAUCCGCAACCAAAAAUUGUCUGGAUGAGAGAUAGUAAUGAGAUCAACACAGAUGACCCACGGUACUCUGUCAGCGAGGACGGGAACCUGAGGAUAGCGCCCAUGUCGGACGCUGACAUCGGAGUCUACGAGUGCAUGGCGAAGAGUCCUACAGGGGAAGUCAAAUCGAGGAGUGCCAAGAUGAUCUACAACAAGCGAAAUUCCAAACCGCACUUCUUCCGAACCCCUCAUGACGUAAGUGCAGAUAUAGGUGAGACGGUGAGGCUGGACUUGUGCGGCCAGCGGUCUGCCAACACCGGAUAUCCUGUGGACCAGAGACGACUUGCCCGUACGCACUGGGGGAAAAUCCAGAUAACAGAUCCUGGAACCUUGACGAUAACUGGUAUUGAACGCGAAGACGCCGGUGCUUACAAGUGCAGUGCAGCCAACUUUGUAGGCCGGAUUUCUACAGUGGUUCAAGUCAGAGUUAAUGGAACGGAUCACACAUUCUAUCCUAAAGUCGCCCCCCAGUUCGUGACGUCACCGGAGAACCUGACCGUGCGCAGUGGCUACAAGGCGGAGCUGCGCUGUGAAGCUGACGGCUCGCCAGAACCUGUCAUUACGUGGUUCAAAGAUGGCAAGACAGUAGUUCCUGGUGGCAGACUGUCGAUAUCUUCCGAAGGAACGCUUCUGACGAUUGAACACGUGAAGGAGUCCGACUCAGGGCUGUACACGUGCCUUGCGCAGAACCAAGUGGGGUCGGCCGAGAGCAGUGGGGAGAUCCGAGUGCGAGGCUAUGGACCCCGGCCGCCACGUCUGGUCCUGCAGCCCUACCCCAUAACCGCACCUGUGGGCACCAGUGUAGAGCUGCCUUGCAAGGCUGAGGGAGAGCCCAUUCCCACCAUCACCUGGACAAAGGACAACGUCGCCCUUCGAGAAGAUAGGAAUCACAGAGUGUUCCCCAUCGGAAGCCUGAGACUUUACAACCUGACUGUGGACGACGGGGGACUUUAUGAGUGCAUUGCUACUAAUCAAUACGGAGAAGUCACUGCCCGGGGGUCGCUGAUAGUCGAAGAUCUAACCAGAGGGCGAGCUCCCGGUGACCGAUAUGUUCACCUCGCAUUUCAAGAGGCCAGUGCAGCGGUCGACAGGGCCAUAAACGCAACGAUCGCCUCACUGUUCACGUCAAGGAACGGCACCAACAGGACUCCCUCAUACCUGAUGCGUCUCAUGAGGUUCCCUGAUGCGUCUACCAGGAACAUCAUCCGAGCGGCGGAGAUCUAUGAGAGGACACUGAUCAACAUUCGGAAACAUAUUCAGUCUGGCCUCAAAGUGAACUUGACGCAAGACUAUUCCUACAGCGACAUCCUCUCUCCCCAGCAGCUGCAGCUGGUUGCCAACCUGUCCGGGUGUAUGGAGCACCAAGCCCCGGUCAACUGUUCGGACAUGUGCUUCCAUUCUAAGUAUCGGACUAUCGACGGUACUUGCAACAACUUGCAGCAUCCACGUCGUGGCGCCUCGCUCACCGGCUUCCGGAGAAUACUGAAGCCUAUUUACGAAAACGGUUUCAGCACCCCAAUAGGCUGGAAUAAGGACAGAAAAUACUUUGGUUUCCCCAAGCCGAGUGCUCGGUUAGUCUCCACUUCGAUCAUCAGCACAGAAGACAUCACCCCCGACACCGAGAUCACACACAUGGUCAUGCAGUGGGGUCAGUUCCUGGACCACGACCUGGACCACGCUAUCCCCUCCACGAGUGCGGAGAGUUGGGAAGGAAUCGAUUGCAAGAAGUCUUGCGCCUAUGCCGCACCCUGCUUUCCAAUGGAGGUUCCUCCCAAUGACCCUAGGAUACACAAUCGAAGGUGCAUGGACUUCAUUAGAAGCAGUGCGAUCUGUGGUUCUGGAAUGACCUCGGUGUUCUUUGACACGAUACAGCCAAGAGAGCAAAUCAACCAACUGACAGCGUAUAUCGAUGGUUCCCAGGUCUACGGGUUCACGGAGGACAGAGCACGACUUCUGCGAGACCUGAGUAACGAUCUAGGGCUUCUGAGGGUAGGAAUCUCGUCGCCUUCAGGCAAGGCUAUGCUGCCUAUCGCCGGAGGUCAGGAGGUCGACUGUCGACGUGACGUCACUGAGAGUGACGUAGGCUGCUUCCUUGCUGGUGACAUCCGUGUCAACGAACAGGUUGGACUAAUGGCGAUGCACACGGUAUGGCUUCGAGAGCACAACCGUAUAGCGCAGAUUCUCCGUGAUAUCAACCCCCACUGGGACGGUCACACCCUGUUCUACGAGGCUCGGAAAAUCGUCGGAGCGGAGAUGCAGCAUAUUACGUAUUCACAUUGGAUGAAGCACGUCCUGGGACCCAAAGGGAUGAAUAUGCUCGGAGAUUACUCAGGGUACAACCCGAACGUUGACCCGGGAAUCUCAAAUGUAUUCGCGACUGCAGCUCUGAGAUUCGGACAUUCCCUCAUCAACCCGACCCUCAGGAGGCUGGACUCAGAGUUCGCUACGAUACCUGAGGGUGAUCUGACUCUUGGAAAAGCCUUCUUCUCUCCCUGGAGGUUAGUCGACGAAGGAGGCACUGACCCGUUGAUGAGAGGAUUCUUCAUGACCCCCGCCAAGCGGAAGUUGCCCCACCAGAACCUCAACAAGCAACUGACCGAACAUCUGUUCACGGUGGCUCACGCCGUGUCUCUAGACCUGGCGGCCAUGAACAUUCAGAGAUCCCGUGACCACGCUAUCCCCGGCUACAACGAGUGGAGAGCCUACUGCAACCUCACGGUGGCCGAGACUUUCGAAGACCUCAAGGAGGAAAUCUCCAACAAAGGAGUUCGAGAGAAACUGAGAGAAUUGUACGGACAUCCAGGUAAUAUUGACAUCUGGGUUGGUGGAAUCCUGGAGGACCAAAUAGAUGGUGCAAGAGUUGGGCCUACCUUCAGAUGUCUUCUUGUCGAUCAGUUUCGUCGAAUGAGAGAUGGAGAUAGGUUUUGGUACGAGUCAUUGUCCACAUUCAAGCCUGAACAGCUGACUCAAAUCAAGCAAGCGUCUCUCGCCAGGGUUCUCUGUGAUAACGGUGACAACAUCACCAAGGUGACACCAGAUGUGUUUGUGCUACCAUCCCUCCAGGAGGGCCAGGUAGUUUCUUGCUCCGACAUUCCAGCAAUGGACUUGCGGUUCUGGUACGAAUGCGAAGACUGUGGCGACAGCGACGAGAGUGACUUGAGGACGAGAAGAGACCUCAUCAGCAACGCUACUGACGUCCGCCUGGAGGGGCUGGAGAGCGUUGUCCAGGAGCUGCAGAAGAACGUGAGAUUCCUCAGAAGAAGAAUCAAACAGCUGACGCACUGCAGAGACGCCGGUGGGUCGCUCAGGAAGGAAGGGCAGAGAUGGGCGCAAGACGCGUGUACAACGUGCAACUGCAGGAAGGGUCAAGUGAGUUGCACGACUCUCCAGUGCGCUCAGCCUUCCUGUGCACGUCCUGUCAGAAAACCCGGAGUUUGUUGUCCCUCUUGUGAGUGAUAGUGGAGGGACGUCCACUGACUCUACAUCAGUGACCUUGUACAGUUGAUCACGUUAAAUUCACUAUUUUAUACCGAACUGUACAAAACCCAAACUACAUAGGCUAUUUUUUCGACAAGGAACUUUACGUGUUUUGAAAUGUAAAUUUGAAGUUUUUAAGUCGAAAACUGUAAGAAAUGUAGAGCAUGUCUUUCUUUAACGUAAGGCUUACCUUAAGAGGUCGUUGAUCAUUAACUUGAAUUGAAUCGAUUAAUUAAGCACAUAGUUUUACCUUUUAUAGUAAUUGUUAACAUCAACGUGUUUGUUAUAGAUAAUUGUAAUUUUCUACAUAGAAGUUAUAGCUAAAGUUAUUUUGGAAUAAUAACUGUUCUGUCCUGGAAAUCGUUUACAAAACUGCAUAUUGGUAAUUAGUGAAAAAUCUAAACCUAUUUCUUUUGAGAUUGUUUUUAAGUUGCCGUAGUUUAUAUUUAUUAAAACGUUUUAUGAAAUUAACGUGACUUUGUUUAUUUGUUUAUGUUAAAACAAAUUUGCAUACUCUAGAUAUUCAGCAAUUAAUUUUAUGACCAAAUAAUUGCUCUCUAUUUCAAAGAUUUUGUCUUGAGAAUCAAGUUCAAUACUUUUGUAAGCAAUUAUUGAAAUAAUAAUUGCUCUUUAGUUUACCAAUAUUCUUUUUAUGACUUUCCACUAUACUAUUAUUGCACUAAAACAAUAUCAAUGCAAUUAUAAUUCAUAAGUCACAUAUAACCGUUGUAUAAACCCAAAAUGAAAUGUUAUUUACUAUUAUAGAUGGAUUAGAUAUUAAUUUGAAGUCUUAAAAAAGGGGCAGGAACUUAAUGUAAAUGCAAUCAAGUGGCCAUAGUAGUUCUGUUGUUUAUGCUUUCUACAGCAUGUGUAGUACUACACAUUCACUAUUAGUGUAUACUUUAAUUUAAGAUUCCUAUUUCAAAUAAUAAAUUGUAGAGACUCUCUUAAAAAUAAUAGAACUGU